AUGGGUGAUAACUUACCGGGAGUGCGAGUACGCGAGGCAAUAUUACCGCAAUUUGAGAAAUGGUUGGAGCGGAAACAUGGAAGCAUUACGUUUCAUUUAACUCAAAUCAUUACUGGUCAUGGUUCGUUUGGCGAGUUUAGAGAAAAAAUCGGUAAGAGUAGGAACGCGAAGUGUUUUCAUAGUUUAUCACCACGUGACUCGGCACAGCACACUGUAGAAGUGUGUGCAGCAUGGUCGAUGGAGCGCCAGGAGCUUCGACGGAUAAUAACGGGGCCCUUGACGCUAAAGAAUAUGAUUGGCGAGAUGUUAAAAUCGGAAGAGAAGUGGAAUGCGGUGCGAGAUUUUGCAUCAAAGGUGAUGCGAAAGAAGGAGGAGGAGGAGAGAAGACGCGAGAGAGAGAACGGAUGA